AUGAGCUCUGGGCCUGUCAGGGAGACAAGAAAGCGCCGCCGCCCAGCUCAUCUCCCAGGUCAACGUGCGCCAAUUGCCUGCAUUCCGUGUAGACAACGCAAGAUCCGAUGCACUAGUGGCUGGCCCUCCUGCAGGAGCUGCCUGAAGCGGUCAAUUGAGUGCCGGUAUGCCGGAAUCUCUCAAGGUUCAUCUACUGUAGGGCCAGCCCUUAGAUCACCAACAUCGGAAUGUCUGCCAGAGCAGGACCCUGUGGCCCUAUCACAAAUAUCGACAACAGAGCUCCUGCAAGCAGCAGAGUUCUUUCGUGACAAUUUUGGCUCGAACUUGCUCUUUUUCUUCGAUCCGCUUACUUUUGCAACGACGUUCAGCAAUGGAGAGCUAUCUCAGAGUCUGACUUUUGGGGUUCUUGCCUUGGUUGCUCGAGUCAGCUCUUGGAGCUCUGUUGCCGAAUCCUGGAAAUACUAUAACACUGCCCGAGAGCUACUUCAGAACUCCUGUGAUGAUCUAUCCUUGCACGGUAUUCAAACAUAUCUCAUACUUUGUGUUUAUGAGGUAGGCUGUGGCCUUGAAUCCAGAGCAUGGAUUCACCUUGGGAAUGCAAUACGCAUGGCCCAGAUUCUUCGUCUACCAGUCAUGGACAAACCUUCUAGUCCCUUUGACUGGGGAAAGCCCGAGCAGAGUGGUGACGAGGAUCUACUAGCUGGAGAGCUCAAGCGUCGCACUUUUUGGAGUUGCUUUUUCCUCGAUAGACUUCUUUCCAAUGGCCGAGAUCGACCAAGUGGAAUACAGGAGCAAGAUAUCUGCUGUGAUCUUCCAGUUUCCGAGGAAGAUCUCGUCUUUCGAAGGUUCAAUCAGUCUCUUCAAUUGAGUGACCCAGCUGUGUGGCAGAAGGGGAAGCACAAUCUCUAUGUGUUAUUGAUUCGUAUCCUCUUCAUACUUGGCGAUAUCACGGCCUGGCAUGGCAGGGGUGGUCGGCACACUGACAAGCGAGAGCCGUGGAAAACGGGAAUGCCUUUUACAAACCUGGACGAGAGAUUAAGCGAAUGGGAAGAGCAAAUUCCUGUCCACCUUCGAUAUUCUCUCGAUGCAUUCACUGCGCUUUCAAUGAUAAGCAUCAGCCAGUCAAAGCUCUGGGGGCUGACUUAUCUAUUCUUCUUUCUGGCAAAAGCCAGUCUCCACCGAGAAUACUAUCCAUUCGUUCCUCGAAAAGGCUACACACCCUGUGAGGGUCCGUUUGACCCAGCAUCGACACCAGAUGACUGGGAAAGCCCUCCGCCAGGAUGGCGAGAAGAUUCCGUUGUAAAGCUGCUGAAGAGCUCACAGUUGAUUAUUGAGUUAUACGGCUGGAUGAUGGCAAAGCUCUCGCCAUUUCCCGGUGUCUAUCCCUUCAUGGGUUUGUGUCUGAUGACAUCGACAAGUGUUAAUUUGUUCCUCAUGUCCCUUGACGAGACUGGUGUUGACCAAUUUAUUUCUCGAAAUGACAUCGGAUCAAGUCUGGAAAACGGGAUAAAAGCAAUGGAGAACUUGAAGCCUUUUUGGGAUCUUCCAGCAUACUGGAUCAACCAGCUGUCUUUGUAUCGUGCUUUACUUGAGAGGUCAAAAACUAUUGAUCAGCCCAUUUCAAAAGAAGGCUCUCGGAGACUAACCGAUGGCAUUAUGAAUUAUCUUCGCGAAACUCGUGGCGCAAGAGAGGAUCAAGAUAGCAGUCUGCUACAAAUUCAUUCGACCGAGCCACCAAUCUCUCGUCCCAGGACUAUUGACCAAUCGAAGGAUCAUCUUAAUACACCCAGUGAUGAAGGCGCGACGUCAAAUCCAGAUCGCGGUGCAUCGGACCUAUUCGAGACCCCGAUUCCGGAUGGCAGCCAAGUUUUUCAAUUCAAUCCUUCUGUUCCGGUGCUAGAUGAUCUUCUGGGGGAUCAUAUUACUGCAUUGGCAAAUUGGGAAUACUUUCAGUUCGCAUGGCACUGA